AUGUCUCUUCCCAUAGGUCUUAUCAUUCCUUCUCUUGCCUCGUAUGAUCCGCCUCCUACCUUCCUGGUUCAGGAUUGCCAAGCUGGUUGGCAGAAUAACUUGAGGCUUAAGACCCCGAUUAAUUCUAAUGGUCAAGCCUUUGUUGUACUUAGCAUGUCUAUGAUCAAACGCGUCUACGGCUUGCCAACUAGCUCUAGUCUCCACCACAUCCAUCGUGUUUCUGGCAAUAGCGUCAUAUGCCCUAGUCCAGUGGCUCCCAAACUUUUCCUAGUCGAGGCGCCCUUUUUCAAUCAACAUUUUUCCAUGACGUCCUACCCUAAUUAUGACUAUGCGUAA